UGUACCAAUGUUUCUACACGGCCCUAUUUUGUGUAGGGGAACCUGGUUAGCUAGUUUCGCGCUUUUACUAUUAACGCUGCUUUGUCCACCGUAUGACCAUGGCUGUCCCAGGGCCAAAUAAGGACAACAUUAGAGCUGGGUGCAAAAAGUGCGGGUAUCCUGGGCACUUAACAUUUGAGUGCAGAAACUUUGUGAGGGUUGACCCCCAGAAAGACAUUGUUCUGGAUGUAAGUAGCACCAGCACUGAGGAGAGUGAGGAGGAAGUACCUCCUGUUCAACGUAAUGAGAAGCUGGCCAGAAGCUGGCAACGUCGUGGAGAUUCCUCUGCCGACGAUCGUAGAAAAGAGAGGCACAAGCGAAAGAAAAGCAAAGACAGAAAAUCAAGGAGGAGAUCUUCUUCAGCUUCAAGUGACGAAGAGGCUGCUAGAAAGAAAAAGAAGCGCAGCAGGUCCCUUUCCACAUCGGAUGAAGAGCGGCGAAAGAAAAAGAAGCUGAAAAGUCACAAGAAGAAAAGUAAGAAGAACAAACGGGAGCAUGGGAAGCAUCAAAAGAAGAGGCAGAAGAAGAAGAAAGCGGAAAGCUCCUCUGCCUCCUCCUCCAGCUCCAGUGAAUCAGACAGUGACUGAAGUGUGUCAAGGCAAGGGGUCCUGUUCGUUUUUUUCCAUUCCAUGAAAUUCCAAAAUGUCAUUGGAACAAAAUAAAUUCAGUUGCCAGGUGGUGGGUAGUAAGCAUGGGAGAAGUACAAUGAAGUAGUAGCGUUCUAUACUUUUACUCACUUGUGGAAAUUAUGUGGGCUAUCUUGGAGACAUGCAUAAAGCGUAAGACAUUGUACAGAAGGGGUCGUUGUUGUGCUUCUCUAGACAAUCGCAUGCUGUGGUGCUCAUUUUACGUCAGCUGUCAGUUUUUAAGCGUUCUACACAAUUACCAAAGAGGUUAUUUGAUGGCGAGGCAGAGUGAGUGAAGCUCACAAGUAUUUUUUUUGUUGUACCUGACCUCAUUAGUCAAUAAACAAGCAACCUUUUUUUCUUUUUUCUUUUUUUUUUUAUCUGGUAGUCACUUUUUUAGCAA